AGCGCAGCCUACAGGUUACUGCGACAUGACAUUGGCGGUAUUGCAGACAAAUGACUGGUGAUAGCGGCGAAUCUUGUGCACGAGACACAUUCUAAUGACUAGGACAAUGUAUAUCCUAAGAAGAAUGUUCACAACGCAUCAGCCAAAGUUCUUCCCCACCCCGCGCCCGACCCCGCCCGUUGUUAGGUGUGGUGCAAUCUCUCACAGUCCAGUCGAAGCCGACGGCGGAAAUCUGUACGGCUUGAAUAUUGUUUGACUGUAUGUGGUACUCGACUCGUCUUACCCAGGUUGAAACUUGCUGCCCGCAUUCCGCACUAACUUGAGAACUAACAGAGUGUGUGGCUCAGGAUACUGUAUCGGACGUCAUUGACAUUCUCUUGGUGAAACAAAAUUUGCUGUGAAACAGAAAUCCAAAGAUGUCUUAUGUUUCAGAAAUGACAAUUUAUCUGGUGCGACCCAAUGUGAAUACGCGUGGAGCAACUGUCAAACCAUAUGCUAACUUUAAUCAAAACACUGAUGCUGCUGAUUUGGAGAAAGCCCUCAAAGCAAAAGGGGUAGAUGAAGGAACAAUAAUUGAUAUCAUGACAAAGAGAACCAGUGUUCAACGUCAAAGAAUAAAAUCUGCAUAUGAGCAGCUAACGGGCAAGUCAUUGGAAGAUGGUCUGAAGAAAGGCCUUUCUGGCAACCUUCAAGAAGUAAUGCUUGCUCUUUUGAAAACUCCAGCACAGUAUGAUGCCUAUGAACUUAGAGCUGCUAUGAAGGGUCUUGGUACAGAUGAAGGUGGUCUUAUAGAAAUUCUUGCAUCAAGAACCAAUAAAGAGAUUAAAGAAAUAAAUCAAGUUUACGCAACAGAACUGAAGAGAGACCUAGCAAAAGACAUUGCAUCUGAUACCUCAGGAGAUUUUAAAAAGGUCUUGGUCAUUUUAGCAGAGGGAAGCAGGAGUGAAGAUACACAUGUAAAUGAUCAACUUGCAGAUGCUGAUGCCAGACAUUCCAGUUGUACAAGAAACACAGUGAAAAUGAUAUGAAUAAAGUCGUUGAACUCGAGUUGAAAGGAGACAUUAAGAAAUGCUUUGCUGCUAUUGUGAAAUGUGUUGAAAAUAAAUCAACUUUCUUUGCUGAGAGACUGUACAAAGCAAUGAAGGGAUCUGGUACACGGCAUAAAGAUUUGAUUCGAAUUUUGGUUUCUCGCUGCGAAAUAGACUUAAGUAAUAUCAAAGAUGAGUAUAAAAAAUUGUAUGGAACCACACUUCAUCAAGCCAUCUUGGCUGAAGGAACCAAAGGAGAGUAUGAAACAGCUUUGCUUGCUCUGUGUGGAAGAGACAACUGAACUGCCUUUGCAAAGUACUCUGGUAGUACUGAAAAAAGCACAAACUACUGUACUAUACUUACACAUUUUCCAUAAAACACAAGUAAAACAGCAGUCCACUGUUUGUUCUUGCAAAUCAUUCCAGGGAUUAACCAAACCAUUAUUUUAUUCAAAAGCUGUUGCAAUAGUGGCUGUUUGUAAUGUUCAGGACCAAAUUUAAUUCCAGUUUUUAUUGUAUCUUUUGUUAAGUAAUAAACUUUUUGUGACAUUCA